GCCCCGCCCCGCUCACCCUGGACAACGUGUGAAGAAAAGAUGCACUAUGACUUUCUUUACAACUUGUAGCUAGCCUGCCGCUAGUUUGAAACAAUAACACAAGCAACAAGAUCCGGGCUUAUCAUUAAUGCUGAAAUGUGGGCAUCUUCAACUCGCUAUCAAGCCUCUGUGGGGAGUAAGUUGAGGAGCCUAAGCUGGAGCAAUAGUGGAAGGAAUCCUGAAGAAGAAGAAAGCCAUGCAGAGCACCCAGUGGGUGGAUGGCUAGCUGCUGGUGCAGAGGAGGGAAGUGUGGGGGUUAGCUGGAUCUCUACAGAAGAGGACGAGAGCAUAUUUACGUCUUGCAGAGGCUCUUCUGGGAAGCUCUUCAAGUCAAGUUUCAAUCUAAAAGGACAUGUUGGUGGGGUUAGAAUAGUGAGAUGGAGGCCUCAAGGAGACCGUCUUGCCACAUACGACAGUUGGGGAAACAUCAAAGUUUGGAAGAACAGAGCAAAAGUCCUAGCACUUGAUUUCGACUACUCAAUAACAUCAGUAGUGAAGGACAUACAGUGGAGCUACUGUGGCUGCUAUGUUGCAAUAUGCACAGAAGAUGGACACUUGCAAAUAUUCUCUGGCCUUAAUGGUGCAUAUAUAUUCUCAAUUCAGAUUGUCACUUCGUCUGCAUAUGGCUCUUAUGCACAGUUCACUUCUUUAUCAUGGAAUAAGCCAACCACUUCCAUUGCCCUUGGCACAGAAAAAGGAGAAGUGAUUGAUAUAGAUCCACUGCAGCAUGGCCGAUUCAUGGCUACUAUGGUAGUGAGAGAGGACACAGCUGUUAUUAGUGCUUGCUACUUUGGUCCGGUCAAAGAAGUUAACAUAGCAACUCCAGAGGGUAACAGGACGCUAUCGACUCAAUCUCUUUCACUUUACCUUGCAAAUGGAGAGGUUGCGAUAUUUAGAAAUGUCUCUUCUGCUUGUUGCAUGUGCGUUCACACUCGUAUCAUCAAUGGAAAAGCAAAAUGGAAUGAGGAGCAGACCGUCCUUGCAGUGGUUGGGUAUUAUGCAAGGAACUCUGGACAGUGCAUGACACCAUCUUUCCUUGCUGCUCGAUUUGUUGAUGGAGAUGGCAGCAUACUAUUAACAGUCGAUCAGCUUAUUGCAGGUCAACCAGGAACUGAUGCUCCUCUGCUUCAAGAUAUAUGCUGGGGACUCUCAGACUCUGUUCUUUUCAUAGCUCACGACAGACACUUAUUCUCUGUGGAUGUGAUGAUGACUAUUCCCAGCCUUUUAAGACUCUGCAGGGAGAAGGUUGUCUCAAAUCUUCACAAAAAGAGUAGCCUCUUUUCACUCCAGCAGUUACCACUCCCCACACAAGAGAUUAAAAGACUAAGCUCUAUGUGUCCUUUGCUCCUAGCACCACUUCUUAAUGCUCAACUGCCUUUGUCAGAUUUGUUGAGGCCUUUGUCUCCAGGAGUUCGUCUUCACUGCAUUGUAGUACCUGAGAAUGAAACCGUCAAUGAAAGUGAAAACUCGCUGCCUCAGUCUUUCCUGUUGAAGUACGAACAGUUUGGCUCUUAUAUUCCUCUUUUGAGAGCCAAGCAGAGACCUAGAAGGUUCUUUAAUGUACGAUAUCAGUUGCACCCAGUUGAGAGAAGGAAAGAGAGAAGGCCGGAUUUUUGGGGUCAAGCAAGAUCGCCAAGUCAAACCCAAAGGAGGUCAAGAGGUUUGAGGGGUAGCUUUAGACGGCAUCAGUUAACAGCUCAAACGUCAGACACUUGCAAUGAUAUAGCAGAACCUUCUCAAGAAGCAGCUACUAGCGUUGAUAAUGAUAGCAGUAACUCUGCUUCAUUGAUCAUUGCUGAGAUUGAAGGUAACACAGUCUCUAAACAUUACAAGUUUAUAUCUUCCUAUGAGGCGAAUGAAAGUAAUAGAAAUCCUACUCUACUUGGUACACUUAAUGUAGUUACUCACUACAUAAAAUGCGAGCCAAGGGAUAUCGCUGUUGGUCUAUGUACUGGGGAUACUAAGAUUACUCUCACAUCAAAGAAGCCUGAAUGGAAUCAACAAUUUGGUAUUUUUGAGUUAGACUUUGGAGGCCGUAUCAAUCGAGAUUCUGUCAAGAACUUUCAAAUUGAUCUGAAUGAUGAAGUGGUUUUUCAAUUUGGCAAGUCAAUCCAUGGCCAUUACUGUUUGGAUUUCCAGUAUCCGUUUUCUCCAGUUACAGCACUUGGUGUAGCACUAGGCUCCAUUUCUUAAGACGGUCUUCUUCUCACUUGUAUAUAUAAUAGCACUUAUUUAUACUUAUUUUUGUUAACACAAUUUUUUUACACAUUAUAAUUAUAAUUUAAUACAACAAAACAGACAUGGCAUUUUGUUCCUUUGUUCAAGACAUUGCACUCUCUCUCUCUUUCUGUAGUGUCCAGCUAACAGAAAGAAAAUAAUAAGAUUGAAAGAGGAA